AUGUGACCGAACCAAACCUUCUCUGGGGUCUUCCAACUCUCAGGCCUCGCACUUUCUCACACGAAAAAACAAAAAAAGCGCAGAUUCUUUGAUCGCAACCAAUGUGGCAGGUUCUCUUAGCUGCAGCAGUAGCCGGAUCCACCGGUCUGGUGGCCAAGCACGUCUUCAACACAAAUGCCGAUCCUGUUUCCGAUCAGACCCAGAACCCAUUUGAUCAUUCCAAGCCCCAAGUCCCGGUCGCUUCCACAUUGGGGUCUCCCCCGGCCUCGAGUGGUUGCAACGACUUUGGAAACGGAGACGGAAGCCACUGCCAGAGACAGGAUGGGAUCUUCAGGUUCUCGAGCUCGGAGGGUGCGUCGCGAUCUGGAUCAAAGAGCUUGCGGAAGAAAGCGGUUGGGGCUAAGAAGGCUGGAGACAGAUCUGGUUGUGCAAGGGAGGAGACGGAGGUCCCGAGGAAGAGUUCGAGGAGUUUCGCUGUUCGCUUGAAGAGGAGGACAACUACUAAGAAUGUGGCUGCAAAGCCUGGAUUGUCUUCCUCUAAAGAAAACUCCAUAUUUGGUUGGGGGCUUGGUGUUGGGAUCAUGUACAUGAUGUCAGCGGGGAAAGUUGAGAUUAGUAAGCUGAACACAGCCAUGGAUGAGACUGCAAAGGUUGUCCAGGAAUUAAAGACUGAGCUUUGCAAAAGAAAAUCAUCGCCGCAUCUGCAUAGUCCGGGUUCUGCUAGUGAAGUCGAUGGAAAGUCAAAGAAAAAUCGCAGCAAGAAAACUCAAUCAACCAAGUUUGGUGCAGGAAACAGAGACCCUGAUGAUAUCAAAGUUUCUGAUCUCCCUGUUAUUGACGAUGGUGAAUGCACAAGUAGUGUGCUUACUGAAGAGCCAGAGCCAAGGGUGCUUGAAAUAGAUCAACUGGAAGCUGAGCUAGAGUCUGAACUGCAAAAGCUUCCUUGGUCCAUCACAGAAGCAUCUCACCAAGAGGAAAUGAAGGUAAAUCUGGGUGAGUUCUCUCAGUUUGACUUGGGAAAUGUUGCACAGACCGAUGCUUCAGCUAUGGGGUUUCAUGAAGCGGAGGGCCAGAGUUUGGACUCUUAUAAGUUCAAUGGAGUAGUGCCAGCUGAACUUGAUCAGAAACUUUGCCAUUUGCUCAUUGACCAGCAGGAAAACCAAAUUGUGGAGCUGGAAUCUGAAUUGAAUUUGGCCCAAUCCAAGCUCCAGUCCAAGGAAGCUGAGCUCCAAGCAUUGAAGGAGUGCGUUAGACGCCUAACCGAUUUCUCUCUGUCAACUGUUUCGGAGGAUGAAACUGCAGCACAUGAGGAACAAGAGGAAACCUUAUUGGUUGGGAUGAAAAGACCUACGGACUCAGAAUCAUGCGGCCAUUAUGUAGGAUGAUGCUAUAUAUUUUGUGGGUAAGAAGGUAAUAUUAGCACCUCCUUAUUAGAAAAAUACUAGUGAAUUUUUUUUUUUUUUUUUUAAUCAAAACUUGUAUUACUUGCUUUUCUUACAUUCUGCACA